AUGUCGUCAGGCCCAAUCGUCGUUGAUGAUCGAGACGGAGGGAGGAUUCGAUACUCGGGUGACUGGGUCCCCCGAGGUCCUCCGCAAAUUCCGAUGACUGUCCACUCGACGUGGGCUUGGGGUGCCAGAGCGUCCUUCACCUUUCGAGGCACACACGUCGCUGUAUUCGGAACGAUCCCUCAAGGCAAUGGUCAGGUCGUUGGAGUGGACUUCCAACUCGACGGAGGACAGGUCACCACCUCCUACCGCCGGAGUACCGAGCGAGCCUACUACAACGAGCUGUGGUACCAGGCUGGCCCGCUCUCUCCGGACGAGGAGCACACGGUUACGUUGGUGUAUCGAGCAAACGACAUGGACUUCCAGUUGGAUAGGAUCGAGUACGAGCCCGUGCCUCCCCCACCUCCGACGUCCUCUCGCCCCACUCUAUCCUUGACCACGUCUGUCGAACCCAGUUCGUCAUCGCAUGCGACGUCAAGCUCUGUCGAGCCAACACCCUCUUCUUCCGAGUCGGAGCUCCCAACGACGUCCGUUCCAACUUCAACGGAGGACUUGUUCACUCCGUCCUCGAGCGCCAAUUCUACGAGCCGCAUGGCUGCAGUGCGCUCUAGGGUCUCGAGCAGCACCACGGAGGACCCGUACUACGUGGUAACUGAAACCCGGCUUGUCAAGGCACCCACACCAUCGGGUUCAGCGUCUGUGGACAGUUUGGGCGCUGCGUCAGAAAGCUCGGUCCCAGUUGGGGGGAUAGUGGGCGGGGCUUUGGGUGGGUUGUUUGUGUUGGCGGUGGUCAUUCUUUCGUCCAUCUUCUGCAUGAGGAAGGUGAGGAAGAGUGGGAAAGAGAAAGAAGGAUGUCAGAGUGAGCUCCUUUCGCAGUUCCCAGUGACCCAGUCGCGAUUGUACCCCGCUCCAUACCACGAUGCCACUCCAACCUCGGGUAGGUUUGGCAAUCUAGAAUGCGGCAGCCUUCCCCCUCCCUCGUAUGACCAAACAAUCUUCCACGAAGUGGGAAGAAACUCCCCUGCCCCUUCCCUCCACCGCCUCGACUCUGAUGCCGGGAGCACGAGGACGAUGAGGACGGCGACAUCCGUCUACGCCGGAUCAACAGCAUCUCUUCUCCCUCCCGACAGAGACGCGCCUGUCUUCUCCCGCGAGUCGGUUCUUCAGCCGAAUCGACGCAAGUAA